AUGGGAUUUGCAGCAACGGGUGACGCCUUCUGUCUGAGAGGAGACAUGGCUCUACAAGGUGUCCCUAACUGCGUAAAGGUGGUGGAUGAUACUCUUGUUCACGAUCGUGCGUUUUUACCACAUCUCCAUCGUGUUAACACUAUUCUUGCCAGGUGUUGGGAGAAUGGCAUUACACUUAAUGCUGCCAAGUUCGUUCUCGCCGAGCCCAAGGUCAAAUUUUGUGAAUUCGUGCUAUCAUCUGAAGGUAUCAACGCUGAUCCAGACAAAGUUCGUGCCAUAACCGACUUUGCGACUCCGGCUAACAUUACUGAUCUUCGAUCCUUCAUGGGCCUUGUUAACCAGCUGGCCGAAUUCUCGCCUGAUAUCUCUGCAGCAGCGCAGCCACUUCGACCACUGCUGAGCCCAAGACGCACGUUUAUGUGGACCACUGAUCAUGACGUUGCCUUUCGUUGUGUGAAAGCAGCAUUGGCCAGCCCACCACAGCUAUAG